GCUUUCGAUUAACGCUCAGCCGCCCCAUUGGUGACUACCGAGUUCCGGCUCCUCGUUGCCCUGGCAGUCAAGGGGCGGGGUCUCGGUGCGGCCUAGUUGGUAAACAGGGAGUGGAGUGUUUUAGGAGGAAGUAAAAUGGCGUCUGGGACGGCGGUAAACGCGGCUCCUUCGGGAGGGCCGGGAGAUGUGAGUAUGGAGGAGCCGAAGAAGAUGACGAGGGAGGAUUGGAGGAAAAAGAAGGAGCUGGAGGAGCAGAGGAAGCUGGGGAACGCGCCUGCUGAGGUGGAUGAGGAAGGAAAAGAUAUCAACCCUCACAUUCCUCAGUACAUAUCUUCGGUCCCGUGGUACAUAGAUCCUUCCAAAAGACCUACGCUAAAGCAUCAGAGGCCUCAGCCAGAGAAGCAGAAGCAGUACAGCUCCUCAGGAGACUGGUACAAACGGGGAGUGAAAGAGCACUCUAUAGCUACCCGAUACCGGAAAGGAGCUUGUGAGAACUGUGGUGCACUGACACACAAAAAGAAGGACUGUAUGGAGAGACCCAGGAAAGUUGGAGCUAAAUACACAGGCAUGAAUAUUGCACCAGAUGAACACGUGCAGCCUCAGCUAAUGUUUGAUUACGAUGGAAAGCGAGAUCGUUGGAAUGGUUAUAACCCAGAAGAGCACAUGAAGAUUGUAGAAGAGUAUGCCAAGGUUGACUUGGCCAAGCGUACACUGAAAGCUCAGAAGCUUCAGGAAGAGUUAGCAUCAGGAAAGCUAGAACAAGUGAACUCCCCAAGACACCAGUGGGGAGAAGAGGAACCAAAUUCGCAGACAGAAAGAGAUCAUAACAGUGAAGACGAAGAUGAAGAUAAAUAUGCAGAUGACAUUGAUAUGCCCGGGCAGAACUUUGACUCUAAAAGACGUAUCACAGUUCGGAAUUUACGUAUUCGGGAAGAUAUUGCAAAAUACCUGAGGAAUCUAGAUCCAAACUCUGCUUAUUAUGACCCCAAAACAAGAGCAAUGAGGGAGAAUCCAUAUGCCAAUACAGGCAAGAAUCCAGAUGAGGUUGGUUAUGCAGGUGACAACUUUGUUCGUUACACUGGAGAUACCAUUUCAAUGGCACAGACACAGUUGUUUGCUUGGGAGGCUUAUGACAAAGGCUCUGAAGUUCAUCUUCAAGCAGACCCUACAAAAUUAGAGCUGCUUUAUAAAUCCUUCAAGGUGAAAAAAGAAGACUUCAAGGCACAGCAGAAAGAAAGCAUCCUAGAGAAGUAUGGAGGACAAGAACAUCUAGAUGCCCCACCAGCAGAAUUGCUUUUAGCUCAAACAGAAGAUUAUGUAGAGUAUUCUAGACAUGGAACAGUGAUCAAAGGGCAAGAGAAAGCCAUUGCUUGCUCUAAAUACGAGGAAGAUGUGAAGAUUAACAACCAUACAUGCAUUUGGGGCUCAUACUGGAAAGAAGGCAAGUGGGGUUACAAAUGCUGCCACUCAUUUGUCAAGUUCUCAUACUGUACAGGGGAAGCUGGGAAAGAAAUUGCUAAUGCUGAAGCAAACUUACUAGAGGAGCAACCCAGGGAGGAGGAGCACAUGACAAAACCCAAAACACUGAUGGAGAUCCACCAGGAGAAACAGAAGGAGAAGAAAAAGAAGAAACACAAGAAGAGCUCAAAUUCAGACAGUGAGGGUGAAGAGAAGAAGAAGCAAGAAAAACUUAAAAAGGCAUUGAAUGCAGAAGAGGCUCGUCUCCUGCAAGUUAAAGAAAUUAUGCAGUUAGAUGAGAGGAAGAGACCAUACAACAGCGUAUACGAGACCAGAGAGCCAACUGAAGAGGAAAUGGAAGCCUAUAGAAUGAAACGUCAGAGACCUGAUGAUCCCAUGGCCUCUUUUCUUGGACAGUAGUGCUGAAGGUCAUUCCAAUACCCAAUAGUUUUCUUUUGUUCCAUGCUUGUUUACAAGUCUGUAGACAAUUCCAUUCUAUGCAGCUAAGCAAUGCCAGAAAUGGCAGAGAUCUGGGCACCACAGGGAGAGGCUGGUGAGAAAUUGUUUCAGUGGACUUGAGCAGUCUAGUACUUAAAACAAUGAUAUAUUGGUAUGUAUAUAUACAGUCACAAAUAUAAUGUACAGAACUGUAUAAAUGCAUUUAAAAAAAUGCAUUCUAAAUUCUCGAAUCAAAAAGAUCAGAUACUGGCUGUAAUUCCAGAAUUCAUUUGGCCAUAUAUGAAGACUUAAUUCAGUAAAACCAACUACAGUGAAGAAGUGAUCAACAGGUGUCGCUGUUAAUGUAUAGCAGUAAUUGUUGGAUGUAAGUUUGUACAGCUAUUGAAGCCUAACUUUUAUUUGUAAAAGGGCUGGUCCAUCACAUAGCUUUAAAAGGAGAAAUGGCUUUUGAUCAGUUUUUACUGAGCAUUUUGGAGUGUGAAAAUUGUUUUGUACAGCUUUGAUUAAAUUAAUGUAAAUGUCUUAAAAACUAUGUAGGUGUUGUAAUUAAAAGUUCAGGAGAAGCUGGCUACAGAGCUUUAAAAUCCCCAUUAUGUUUCUGCAGGUGUUAGUGCGCAUUUCAGCUGCAGAGCUCUAAGUUGUUUGGUUUUGUUUCAUAACAGUGUACAUCUUAUCCUUACAACCUCCGAGUCCUGAUACAUUGUGUUGAAGUGAUGGUUAGAUAUCAGUACCUUCUGGCGUGCAGCAUCUGCGUUGUGUUUGGGAAUGUUUGUCCUUAAACUGUGGAUUCCCCUGUAAUUACUAAAAGCUGAAGAAAUGGAUGAAAAGCUUCAUGCUGCAGCUUCAUACUUGGGUGGGUUGAGAGUCAGCACAGAGAUUGUUUCUAUGUUUUCACAAAGAACACAGAUUUAGGAAGUCAGAGGGGUUGGGGUGUAAUUUCCCUUCUGCUUUAGCAGUGACUCACUCUCUAGGCUUUCAUAUCAGCUCAUCCUCACCUUUCUAGUUUGUGAAUGAUUUCAAAGGGAAAAUAACACUUUUCUGUAAGUAACAAUAUACACCAUGUGCAGAUUUUAAUGUCCUGCGUAUGAUUUCUCAGCCGCCUUCUGUGGUCUGAGCGUUUUAAUUAGUGUUUAGUGCUGAACUCUGUAGUGCAUAUUUUUAUGUGCACUACAAAAAGGGCAAGAGUUAAAGGCACCUGUGUUUUAAAGCCCGUGUGUUGUCGGAAUUAAACGGCUGAAGUUGUGACAUCCACCAGUGUGGUUAAAUCAUGCUUCUCUUUAAUACCUGAAAGCCGUACUUCUAUAGCAAACAGACGAGGGUGUUCAAAAAUCACACAUGCUUAUUGGUGGAAAGCUUCUACACUAACAACCCUAAGCACCCCCCUCCAAAGCCACGAGCUGUUCUUUCUUCUCCGAUAGGUGUCCUUGGUUCUCACGCUGUUUAUCCGCAGCUGCUGCUCUGUAAGGUCCUUAUCUCACUCCACAGCUGCUGCUCUGUAAGAUCCUUGUAUUCCCACUGCCAUAUAAGAUGCUCAGUGCUCUAGGAAGACAGGUUUCUUAUAAAAUCAUACCAAAUUCCACAAAUAUGCCCAUGCCAUUGGAUUUUCUGUCCAAUACCUGAAGCCAUGAGUAUUUCCCUGGCAGGCCUUCAGACUUGUGCAUGACACAGAGUAUCUCUCUUCUAGGUCAGUCUCUGCAGUUAGAAGGGAAAAGUUGAAGAAGCGUUGUUCUAUUUCUAUGACAGAGGUUUAAAUGUUACAGAACAUCACGCAUCUGAUGGGGAGGGUUAAUUUUCCUCCAUCUGCUUCCCCUUGCAUUUGGCCUGCAGUGUGACUGCGUGUCCAAAGAUCAUCUCCUCUUGAACAAGCGGGGUUGGGUUUGUUGUUUUUUUUUUUUUGUUUGUUUCUAAAAUGAGCUGGAAACAAAUUUAUAGGCAGGUUUGGAUGAAAAUAAAAUAAACAUACAGUGGAAAGCAGCA